CAUGUCAGGAAAAGAAAGCAACAGCGGCAUUUCUAGAUCUGAGCUAAGUUUGUCUACAUAAAAGCAGAAGAUUUUUUCGGAUAGUACGCGUAUAUAGAACAAUUUUUAAUUAAAAGUUUGUAUUUUCGAGAUCGAAAAUGGUUAAAGAGAAGAAGCAAUUCAAGAUUGGCGAUUUAGUGUUCGCCAAAGUUAAAGGAUACCCAGCAUGGCCAGCAAAAAUCACGAAAUACAACAAUAAGAAGUAUAACGUAUACUUCUACGGCACAGGAGAAACUGCGAACAUAAAAAUAGAAGAUCUAUUUAAAUAUGAAGAAAAUAAAGAGAAAUUUUCCACUGAGAAAAAUUUAAAGCGUUCCAAUUUCCGCGAAGCGAUUGAACAAAUCGAAGCCGCAUUAAAGGGGGAAGACUCUGCCCCAAUUGAUUUGCCCAGUGUUGCUCUAACGGACACAUCAGUAGGUGAUUAUACUGGUGAUGAUACGUUAGCGAGUAUAAAUAAUAGCAUCACUGUUCAUGACACACAGGAAGUGAAUGAAAUUAUUAAUACGCCUGAGGUGUUAGAAGACGUUUCUGAAGAAAAAGAAAUUGACGAAGUGGUUACUGAAAUCAAAGAUAAGACUCAGUUGAAAGAUUCCAAAAACGUUAGCCGCAGUGGUAGAAAAACUAAACCUAAGCGAUAUUCUGAGGAUGACAAUGUUACAGCACAUCAAGCUAAACGCAAAGUUCCAAAGGAAGGUAUUGGUGCAGCUGAUGCCAAAGUAAAAUCAUCCAAGAAGGUUAAUGCUAGUAAGCCAACGGCAACAAUCGCGCCAAAUGUAAAGUCACAAAACUACGAUAAUGUUCUAUUGGCUCUCAUUCUACCCACAAAAUGCAUUGGGAUUAAACUUGAUUAUAAUAAGCCCGAAUCUUUUCCAUCUGUAAGCGAUCGUCUCGAAUGGGAAGCCGAAGCCCUCAAGGAAGCAAAAGAAUUAAAAGAGAAACUGGAGAUCGGAGAAAUCAAACUAGAAUCAGUAAAAGAUAAAGUUAUCUUAGAUGUCCCAAUUGGAAAACUCAAUGCUGAAAUUUCUGCAGAUUUUACUUCACAAAUGGUAGAACGAGAAAGUGCACUUUUUGCUGAACGCGAUUUUCUUACCCAAUGUCAGAAAUUACGUGAAUGCUUGGGGUUGAAACGUGCAUACGUUGAUAAGUGUCUGGAGUUAUUGGACAAUUUUAAGAAGUUUCAAUUAAACCAAUUGAUGUUAUUGCGUAAUCCGGACUGUGUGGAUAUUAUACGCCGCUUGCGUCGCUAUGUAGGAAAUUUGAAGCAGUGGAAUUUAAGUAGCGACGAGGAGGCACGAUUUAAGACAAACGCUGAAAUAAUACGUCAGGAUGCCAUAACUAUAUACAAUAAUUUUAAGAGAUUAUUUAAUUACAAUGGCGAAAAACAGUUUUGGGACGAAUUUACUGAGCAUGCAAAAGAAUUUAAAGAGGUAACACGGAACUUAGGUGAACAGCAUCGUGUAUUUUUGACGGAAAAUGUUUAUCAAAAAUUAUUAGCUAAGCGAGAAAACGUAACUCGUGAAGAACACGAAUCAAACUCACAAAAUUCGUUGCAAAACGAGGAAGAAAUUGAUCAGCUAGAAGAAGCAGUUAAUGAUGACACCCAUGAUGAUAUACCCAUUGAUGCUUAGAAUUUAAUUAAACAGUUAAACACAUACCAUUGAAGGGACGAAUGCAAAUAUUACUUGCAAAUGUUGCAUUACCUUACAUUUUCUAUUUACAUUAGUAUGAAUUAAAAUAAGGAAAUUGUAAAUCUUUUAUAGGUUUAAUAUAGUAACUUCAAUUAAUUUCUCUGAAAACAAAAUUUUCUAUUGAAAUUUUUAAUUUUAGCUUUAAAAUUUUAGCUUGCAAGUUGCUUUCAACAAAACUUUAAUUGUCAUGUUAUGAAUAGUCCAUAAUGUUAAAAUAAAGUCUCAUGAAUAAAGUAAAUA